GUGGUUCGUGUCCACGUGGGUGAAAGCGCCGCCGUGAAGCGAUGUCCGCGCAGUCGGAGCUCCGGAUUAACGCAGCUUUCGCGGCUCGUUAUGGACAGUAUCGUCGGCGUGAGGAACUACAGCGGCUGCAGGAUCGCUAUGGGGGCGAAGACGAAGAGUCGAGCUCCGAAUCGGAGUCUAGCGAGGAAGAGGCGGAAUUGGAUCCCAAGCUGGAUCGAGUUUUUUAUAGCACUCUGGCCAUGCUAAAAAAGAAGGACCCCCGGAUUUAUCAGAAGGAUGUCACAUUCUAUAGUAAAGAAGAUUCUUCUUCAGCCAGUGACAGUGAAAAGAAAACCCCAAAGAAGAAAGAAAAGCCCAUGUUUCUGAAAGACUAUGAGAGGAAAGUGAUCCUGGAGAAGGGAGGCAAAUAUGAAGAUGAGGAAGAUGAGGAAGAAGCAAGAGUUCACAGUUCAAAGAGCUAUGUAGAAGAACAGAAGGAGCUGAAGAAGAGCUUCCAGAAGUUUGUAGAAGACAGCGAUGACGAUGAAGAGGUUGAAAGUGGCACCUCAUCUGCCUUGCUGCGAAAAUGUGUCAAAAGUAAGGAAGAGAAGGAGCAUGAAGAGGCAGACUACAUCAGCUGGCUAAAGGGUCAAGAGAAGUCAGAAGCCGAAGAGGAACUUCAGGACCUGGCACCCCUUAAAGAAUAUUGGAGUGACCCAAAAUUGGAUGAAGGGGAACGGUUCUUGCGGGAUUACAUCCUGAACAAGCGCUAUAAGGAGGCAGGAGAUGGGGAGGAGGAGGAGGAGGAAGAAGGGCUCCCCGAAGCCCAGCUGGCCGUGUCAGAUUCAUCGGAUGAGGGUGAGCUGUUCCUAAAGAAGCAAGAGGAUUUUGAGCGCAAGUACAACUUCCGCUUUGAGGAGCCUGGGGCGCAGCUGUUAAGUACGCAUCCACGCGUCAUUCCAACUUCAGUGCGUCGGAAAGAUGAGCGCCGCAAGGAGAAGCGCCAGGAGAUACGUGAGCGCAAGAGGAAGGAGAAGGAAAAAAAGCGGGAGGAGCUGAAGCAGCUGAAGAACCUGAAGCGCCGAGAGAUCCUGGAACGGCUGGAAAAGCUGCGUGAGAUCACCGGCAGUGCAGCUGGCAACUUCCAGGAGCAGGACCUUGAAGGGGACUUUGAUCCUGCACAGCAUGACCAGUUCAUGGAGAAACUUUUUGGAGAUGAAUACUAUGGUGUCGGAGAGGAAGAAAAACCUCAGUUUGAGAUAGAGGAAGGACUUGAUGAUGAAUGGAAUUGGGACAAAUGGACAGGACAGGAAGGUGCUGAAGCAAAAGAGGACACGUGGCUGGAGGAGGAAGGAGACUAUCAGCCACACUGUGAGGAUCCUGACUUUGUGAUGGAUGCAGAUUAUGACUCCUCCCAGCAACCUGGCCCAUCAAAAAAAAGACGGAAGCUGGAUGUUCCUCUUUUGGGCAAGAAGAAGCGCAAGUCACGUUUUGCAGAUGCCAUCCGUCAAGAAAAAGAACCCUUUGACCCUGAGACCAAGACAUUUGAGCAAUACCUGGAUGAGUUCUACCACCUGGACUAUGAAGAUCUGAUAGGGGACCUUCCCUGUCGUUUCAAGUACCGCACUGUCAUCCCCUGUAGCUAUGGGCUCUCAACAGAGGAGAUUUUGGCUGCUGAUGACAAGGAGCUGAAUCGCUGGUGCUCUCUGCGGAAAACCUGCAUGUAUAGGUCCGAGAAGGAGGAGCUUCAGGACAAGGCCAUCUAUGAGCAGAAGGCCCAGCAUGCUUGGAAGAAGGAAAAGAUUCUCAAAUCUCUUCAGACCAAGACGGGAGAAGCAGAAGACACCAAGAACUCCCAGGGCAAGAAGGGCAAAAAGAGCAGGGAGAAGACCAAGCAGCAGGGCCUGCUUUCGAAAGAGAGGCAGCCUCUUAGCCCUGCACGCGAGGAGGAAGGACUCCUGCUUCCCAAAGGGGCUCCCAAAACGGAUCUCACCCUAGCCACGGGAAAGGAAUCGGAGGCUGCAGCCUUAGAGACCUCUCGUUCUACCCAGCCCAGCACGCAGAGGCAAAAGAAGAGAGGCAGAAAGGGGCUGGUGUUGGGCAAUAAGGUGCGGGUGGGAGGCUCAGAGUUUAGCCGCCAACGGCUCAGAGCCUACGGUCUCAAUCCCAAACGUCUGCACUACCGCCAGCUGCUGCGUGAGAAGGCACGGAAGAAGCGGCCAAAGGGCCCCAGACAGACUCUGCAGAGCCAAGAACACAGAGUGACUCAGACAUGAGACGUUUGGCUGACUUUUGGGGUGGACUCGGCUUCAGAGAGCAGCAGGCCCGUGAAGCUGUGUUGUGCUAUUUUGACACCUGUUUCUGUCACAGAGAGGGCUGGGUGUUGACUGAUGGCUACAAGUGGUGCUUUGUCCCAGUUCCUUGUUUCCAGGCUUUGUGUCUUUAAGUCUCGCAUAGAGAGGAACAAGUUCACUUACUUGCAGACCAAUUCAGAUUUGCCAUUCUUUGCAUUUUGAGUUUAACAGCCCUUUGUAAGUCUUUUAAAUGCUUGUGCACUACAGUAAGUAUUCCUACCUAAAAAUGUCGUAUCUUUUUUCCCUUCUUACAUAGUACAGUGGUGCCUCACUUGACAAGGAUAAUCCGUUUCAGCAAAAUCGCUGUAGA